AUGAACCCAGCUGAAACCUGCAGAAGAGGACACCUGGACAUCAGCUGGAGGUCAGCAAUGGAGGGCCAUAUCUCUGUUGCACCAUACACAGCUGUCAGCAGGAAGCAUCGUGGCCACAACGCCGUCUCCGUUAUCACAGUGGCCACCAAUAACUGGCCAUCGUACAGUUGCUCUGUGGGUCACAGACACAAACUGAAGAAGAAGCGUCACCUCACCUCUUCAGAGGAUGAAGAAAAGAGUCUCUGUGAAGAGGAAGAUGUGACAGUGACAUACCAGGUGUGGCUGACGGUGGCAGUUGAAAACAGACUUGUCUUUGUGGGGCCAGACCUGGUAUCUGAUCGAAACCUAACCUCAGACAGGCACACACAAAGACUGAUGUCCUUACAUCAAAACAAGGCUCAGAGCACACAGCGAGAGCACAGCGAGCUGUCUGGUGGACUGGGAGUCGGAGCGGAUGUUGGAGGGGGCGGAGCCGCGGGGGUAGAUCCUCCAUCUCUCACGGUGCGGAUGGAGACUCUCCAGAUCUUUCUGGGCACUGUACGCCGCCACCGUGAAGUUGGCGUCGCCAGUGCCGGGCCGGCGCAGCUGCUGCAGCUGCAGGCCGAGCGCCGGGGGGGAGAGGGGCAGCGGGAGGUGCCCCGCCUGGUCGAUGCGCUCGCUGCUGGGGCAGCCGUUCAGGCAGAGCUGCAGGUCCUGGGUGGCGUCGUAGGCCUGCGCCAGGUCUUCGGGGAUCCGCACCGCCAGCGUCAGGUAGCGGCCCAGCUGGCGAACGAUCACAGUCACGCCGAUGUAGCCGGCGUGCAGCUCCACGUGGUGCCCGGGGCUGCGCUCAGAUAUCCACAGAGCCCGCACCUUCCCGGUCGCCCCGUCCGCACCUACAGAGGCGUGGAUGGGGUCUCCGCUGCUCACAGUUCCAUCAUCAAAGGCAGCGGGAAGGUUGUCUGUGACGGCCUGGUACACCCUCUGGUCUGUGCAACCCUCGUUUGCAACACUACUGCAGUCACAAGAGACAGUCACAAGAUCCAGGCUGCCUGCCUCACACCUGUGAGUCUGUGGGAGAGGGUGACACAAAGUGCGGCAGAAAGAGAGCGCAAAGUAGAUUCUCACCUUAUUGGUUGCUGUGGCACUGGAGCCAGGAACCACAGGGACAUUAGUGACCUGCACCGACAGAUAGUCAUUAUCAAUCAGAGGCCACGCCCCCUCCACCUUACACGUCUGGAAGCUGUCUUUAAAUGUCCUCAAGUGCGGGUCGCCGAAAAGCCCACAGAACAGGUACCCAGGACGAGGGUGGCCAUGGCCGUGGCUGUGAGAGUGCAGGUGUGUGUGCACGUGGGAAUGCGAGUGCGCAUGCUGAGUGCGGCUGUGGUAGUUGCAGGGUUCAUGAUGGACCUCCGGGUGUGUGGAGGGAGUGGGCCCAUCUCUGGAGCAGUUCCUCUGGCUCAUGAGCCUUCAGCCCUCUCAGCCUGGUUCCCCGGCCAGUCCCUCCUCCUUCACCUCAUCACCUUUCCCCCUCUCGUCCCGCAUCCCGAAGCACCUUUUUCUACCAACUGA